AUGGAAACUUACUACAGAAAAAGAUCCAAAAGAAUCAUUCAAGCCAACCUCGAAAUGGAUUACCUGAAAGGGCAAAAGCAUACCAGUGUCGCCUGUGCAGACACACCAGCUAUGGCCAGACAUGAAAACCAACCACUUAUGCCCACAGCAGAUAAUGACUCUACCCUUAAAUGCCACGGAGACAAUGAAAUUGUGGAAGCCAAGAUGAAAAUUUGGAUUGGUUCUAUUUACGAGAUUGAUCAUAUAUAUUUGCCUCCCAGAACUCCAGUUCAACUCAAGUCCAUCCGAGUAGCAAUGGUGAGCGAGACAAGUGCAUUGAACGUGGCAGUGAGGUUUCCGAGCAUGGAGUCACUACAAACAUACUUCAGCAACAGCAGUCGGGAGAUGUAUCCAGCUCUUGACGAGAAGUUUGUGAUGGGAAUAGCUCUGGCUAAUAAAGUGCUUCUCCGUCAAGUUCCUUCUCAUGAGUUUACUGAGAAGAAGCAUCUUCAUAGCUUCUGGUUGCUCAACUCCACUAAUUUGGCUGUUCCUCCAAAGCAUGGCAACUGCUUGUCUCAUCUCAAGGUCAAUGGAAUGGUUACCUGGGGAAUACGCCGUCAAGUCAAGUUUCUCGGCAGACAUGAGGAAAGCAACAACACCAAGUCUUCCUCCAGUUUCGUUCAAGGAGAUGAAAUCUCAAAGGUGGAGCUACCUGCAAAAGCUGACAAAGAAGAAGAAGAAGAAGAAGAUAAUGAGGAAGAUCAAGAGGAUGGAGUAAAGCAAGAAAAAGAUGAAGAAACAGAGGAGAACGAUGAUGAGGUUGUAGCAGAGAAGAUUCACAGGAACCUGAAGAGGAAAAGAUACAGCUUAAGAGCAACUACAACAAAAAAGGCAAAGAAAACAAGGGUUGAGAUGCAAAGGCAGAAAAACAGAACUAAGAAGAAAAACACAUGCAGGCAGUUGACUGUAUACAAAGACCCCAAAGACCGCUGGUCUACAGAGAGGUACAAGUUGGCGGAGAAGAACUUAAUGGAGGUGAUGAAGUCAAAGGGUGCAACUGCUAAUAACCCUAUUAUCAGACCAGAGUUGAGAGCAGAGGCACGAAAGCACAUUGGAGAUACGGGGCUGUUGGAUCAUUUGCUCAAACACAUGGCCGGUAAGAUUGCACCUGGAGGGACUGAACGUUUUCGACGCAGGCACAAUGCUGAGGGAGCAAUGGAGUAUUGGCUGGAAAGUGCUGACCUUGUUAACAUCAGGAAGGAGGCUGGUGUUAAUGAUCCUUAUUGGAUUCCACCACCUGGUUGGAAACUUGGAGACUCCCCGACUCAACACCCCAUCUGUGCCCAGGAAUUCAAGCGCCUCAAAAAUGAGAUUAUGGUACUCAAAAGAGACUGGGAGGAAAUGGUGCUUUCAAAGAAACAGUUGGAAGAAGAAGUUGGAAGGAUGAAAAGAAAGAUUGAGGAGCUUGAAUUGAAGAAGAAGCAACAAGAAAGCCAAUCCAUUUUGACUUCAAGGACAAUGGAAAAGUGCAAGAAACAAUUAAUGAUAGCCAAUUCAGAUUUUAUGGCAAAAAUGGAGGAAAAAAUUCUGAACCUGGUGUCUAAAAUGGAAAAAAAGGAAAGGUCAAUCUCGACAUUAAUGUUGUCAACUGAGCGAUUAGCUGAAGUAAAGGAAAAGCAAGUGGAACAAGAAAGUGAGAAACAGGGAGAGCAAGCAGUAGCAGCAAUGGAGAGAUCAAAAGUAGCUGCUGAUCAGAGCAAGGAGGUAACAGCAACAUUUAACCCCAAAAGAGCAAGAAAUAGUGCCCCAAGAGCUGAGGAAAAAGCAGCCAAGAUACAAAGGCUAAAGAGUGGGUUCAGACUGUGUAAACCCCAGGGUAGUUUCCUUUGGCCAAACAUGGUCCGCAAGAAUGGUGGUAACAACAUGUCCCCUCAGGUUGUGGUCCAGGUGGAAGAUCUUCAUAUGGUCCAAACACCACCCUCAGUGUCUUCUUCCAGUGCCAUAGCUCCUCCUUCAUUGCUGCCUUUUCAUAAGAACAGCCUGCCAGCUUCCCCUGUCAAGCCUGUCCCUGAAAGACGAGCAGUCACUGUUACUGUCUCCACCAUCUCUAGUGAAACUUGCUAUGGAGCUGGGGAUAACAUGAAUUACUCAGCUGGAAACAAGACAACUACUAUGAUCAACUUAAAUGAUGUCCCUCUUAACAAUGUUGGUGAAGGAUUUCGCCAAACCCCAACAUCAAGACAAACUAUAACCACAACUACUACUGUCAUGCCUCAUCAUGUGAGUAUAAUUUAUCCUGGAGUCAACAUCAACAAACCACGGCAAGCUUCAGUUGACGACAGCGCUAGCCAGAUUCAGCAACAAGCAAGCAAAUGCUGCUCUUCCUCUGCCACAUCCUUGCCCCAGGGAGCUGCAAGUUGGUUAGUUCUGGCUACUCCAAGAAACACCGACUCAAAUGAGUCCAUCAUUGGAUGAGAAGUGCAUAUUUAGGGGAACUUAUAAAUAGACUAGUACGUAGUAACUAAGACUAUUAAGUCGUCGUUUCCAAGCAUAGCUUGA